ACACUAAGCAGAGGAUUACCCAUCAGGUUUCAUCACCCGACGUCUUCUUUACCCUGGGCUUCGCGGAUGUCUGACGCGGCGGAGGAAAAAGGCGCGCAGGAGGCGAUUAGCUUCUUGCAGACAAUUGGCAGGCUGAAGGACACACCGCGGACGGGAUGGGUGGAAAACGGCAUUGCAAACGCGGAGUCGGUGGGGGAUCAUAUGUAUCGUAUGGCGCUGAUGUGUAUGAUGUGCCCAGAUCCAUCGCUGGAUAAGACGCGUAUGAUUCAAAUGGCGCUUUGCCAUGACGCGGGGGAGAGCAUUAUCGGUGAUAUCACCCCGCGUUCGACCAUCACCAAAGAGGAAAAACACGUCAUGGAGCUCGAAGCCGUCCACCAUCUCAGUGAGUUGGCCUUCUCAGCGGGGUGUGCCCCUUUUAGCAAAGAUCUCAGUGAGUUGUUCGAGGAGUACGAGGAUCAGAAGACGCCGGAGUCAAAUUUUGUGAGGGAUAUGGAUAUUCUGGAGAUGGUCAUCCAAGCGGACUCUUACCAAGCGCUUUACCCGAGUAAAAACCUGAGGACGUUUUUCGAAUCUGGUGAAAAGAUCCAGCACCCAUGGGCCAGAGCCAUAUUUGAAAAGCUGAAGAAAAAUAACCCUUUUUUGAAUUUGUAA